AUGAGUUCUAAAUCAGAUGUAAAUAGGAGAGUGCUCGCCAUUCAGGCGAAAAAGAAACGUCAUAAACUCGGUAAAAAGAAAAAUCGUGAAGAGGAUCACGGGGCUGGUGGACAAGGAAACGGUCUGCGAAACCAGAAUCAGAAUCGUUUAGAACCUACGCAUAGCUCUUCCAAUGAGACGAUCGAGGAGGAUGAAGAUGAACAAUAUGCAAGCGACGACGAAGAACAGGAAGACAGCGCCGACUAUUGUAAGGGUGGUUACCAUCCUGUCAAAAUAGGAGACUUAUUCCUGAAUCGCUACCACGUCACUAGAAAAUUGGGAUGGGGCCAUUUCUCCACUGUGUGGUUAUGUUGGGAUUUAGUCGACAAACGCUUUGUCGCUUUAAAAGUCGUUAAAUCUGCUCCUCAUUUCACUGAGACAGCUUUAGAUGAAAUUAAAAUAUUGAAAGCAGUCCGAGACAGUGACCCAGCGGACCCCAAGAGAAAUAAAACCGUGCAGUUGCUAAAUGACUUUAAAAUAACUGGUGUGAAUGGGACCCAUGUGUGCAUGGUGUUUGAAGUUUUGGGUCACCACCUACUGAAGUUGAUACUCAAGUCUAAUUACAGAGGUAUACCGCGAGAUAACGUCAAAACGAUAAUACGUCAAGUUCUGGAGGGUUUAGACUACCUUCAUACUAAAUGUAAGAUAAUUCAUACAGAUAUUAAACCAGAGAAUGUAUUGGUUUGUGUUGAUGAACCUUAUAUUCGUAAAUUGGCAGCAGAGGCCACUGAACUACAUUCCUUAGGCUUGAGGCUUCCUCACUCCUUGAUAAGUACUGCACCGAAGGAAUUCCAAGAACAAGUAGUAACUGCUAAAAUGAGUAGAAAUAAAAAGAAAAAGUUAAAGAAGAAAGCUAAGCGCCAAUCAAUGCUACUUAAAAAACAAAUGGAACAAAUUGAAGAAAUGGAAGAGCAGAAGAAACAGCUAAAUAAUAGUGAGUCUGCGCCAAUGUCACAAGACAAUGAUGAUUCACCUCAGACUCCGGAAGAGGCUAGUGUGAUUGAGACAACUCGAUCUGAAAAUGAGCCUAAUAUCAAUGGAUGUAAUGAUUUAGAACAAGCUGACGAGGAAGCAUUUGAUACAGAUGCUGAUGCGGUACAGGUAAGGACGAAACAGUAUGGGUGCGGGGAUGAUGCAGGAACUCCAAUGUCCGAGGGAGAGAUGACUGACACUCCACCUUCUUUUAAUUCACAAUCUACUAAAGGUAAAUCCCUAGAAAAGAAAUUAGAUCCUGCGUUUGAUGUCUGUGAACUUGAGGUGAAGAUAGCUGAUCUAGGAAAUGCUUGCUGGGUGCACAGGCACUUUACAGAAGAUAUUCAAACUAGACAGUACAGAUCUUUAGAAGUGUUGCUUAGUGCUGGCUAUGGCACAUCUGCAGAUAUAUGGAGCACAGCUUGUAUGGCAUUUGAACUAGCUACUGGAGAUUAUUUGUUUGAACCACAUUCAGGUGAUGGUUACAGUCGAGAUGAAGACCACCUUGCUCAUAUUAUAGAACUCCUAGGUGACAUUCCCAAGAGGAUUGCAGCCUCUGGAAAAUAUUCUAAAGUAUUUUUUAAUAAAAAGGGAGAGUUGAGAAAUAUAACAGGUUUAAAACCAUGGGGCUUAGUAUCUGUGCUAACUGAGAAAUAUGAAUGGAGUCAAUCAGAUGCUGAAGAAUUUGCUGAUUUCUUAAGGCCUAUGUUAGACUUUGACCCAAAUCGGCGUGCAACAGCCUAUGAGUGCCUUCAGCACCCAUGGUUGAAUAUUGUCAUACCUGAACAAAAUGAGUCUGAAAAAUAA